UGCGGGCGGCUGCUGGCGCGGCGGCCCGGGGCGGCGCAGGCGCUCACAGCCGGGGCCCUGAUGGGAGCUGGGGAUGUGAUUGCACAGCAGCUGGUGGAGCAGCGGGGGCUGCAUGGGCACCACUGCCCCCGCACCCUGAAAAUGAUGGGCAUUGGCUUCUGCUUUGUGGGCCCUGUUGUGGGCAGCUGGUACAGGAUCCUGGACUGGCUCAUCCCAGGGAAUACAAAAGUUGUGGCUGUGAAGAAGGUGAUCCUGGACCAGGGGGGUUUCGCUCCGUGCUUCCUUGGCUGCUUCCUGGCUGUCACAGGGGCCACCAACGGCCUGUCCGUGCAGGAGAACUGGUCCAAGAUCCAGCAGGACUACCUGGAUGCCCUGGUGACCAAUUACUGUAUCUGGCCACCCGUGCAAAUUGCCAACUUCUACUUUGUGCCUCUGCAGCACAGGCUGGCUGUUGUCCAGUGUGUUGCCAUCGUCUGGAACUGCUACCUGUCCUGGAAGGCGAAUCGGAUGUGAGGCAGGAGCCCUGAGCCCUGGCAGUGCCCACCCUGUGCCCUGCCUGAUGCCACAGGAGCCCUGAGCCCUGGCAGUGCCCACCCUGUGCCCUGCCUGAUGCCACUGGAGCCCUGAUUCCUGGCAGUGGGCAGCAUGGCGUGGGCAGGCGGGACACGCAGGGUCCUGCAGCAGCCACCCCGCUCCUCUCUCAGGGGAGCACCAUCCCCUGUGGCCACAGCUGCCCCAGGGAGAGGAUGGUGCCAGGACAGGCCUGGCUCUGCUCUCACCGUGCUGUGCAGCAGCUCUGCCCACGAUGCUCUUCUCCAUCUGUGCUCAGCCACUUCCCUGCACACAGGGUGCUCCUGCCCCGAGUGUCGCUCUGACCUUCCCCAGGGCUCAUCCCGAGGGAGAAGAGGAGUGGAAGUGGAGCAGGGCUGGCCGUGCCACGGGCACAGAGCUGGGCUCACCGCAGGCUGGGCAUGCUCCCCCUAAGCAGCAGGGUUUGCUGUGGCUCUGCUGUGGGCAGUCAAAGCAUCAAUAAACAGAUGUCCUCA